CGCGAAGCAACCAAAUCUCUCAAUUUCGACACUCACCACACAUCCCAUCGGAACACUCCCACAGUCGCUAAAAUGACCAAGCGUACGAAGAAAGUCGGUGUGACCGGUAAAUACGGCACUCGCUAUGGUGCCUCCCUCCGCAAACAGGUCAAGAAGAUUGAAAUCUCACAACAUGCGCGGUACACUUGCUCGUUCUGCGGCAAGGACACAGUAAAGAGGGAAUGUGUUGGCAUCUGGAAGUGCCGGAGCUGCAAGAAGCAGAUCGCUGGUGGUGCUUGGACCGUCUCGACACCAGCUGCGGCCGCCACACGAUCGACCAUCCGCCGUCUUCGCGAAAUUCUUGAGGGUUAAGCGUCUGUGUACGAAUUUUAUGGUGGAUGGGCUAGUGUGCAUUUGCAUUUGGAUCAUCAUUUCUUUCCUCAUGGCAUUGGGAAACAGAGAGAUAUCGAAAGAAACUACGGCGUUUGCCUGAUAUCAGUGUCAAAAAAGGGCGCUGUCACUUUUGAAGGUGGUGGUGUUGAGGGAUCACAGGUGUUGUACGUCCUCUAUACAAACAGAUACACAAUUCAGUAUAGUCGACACCAAUGACUCCAAAGCAUCACGUCCGCUAUUCACCAUGUUUUUGGCUCCAUAUGUACUCGCCCUCGCCCUCCUGCACGACUGAUUGCCACACAGCCCAACCUUAGUUCGACCAAAAAGCUGUGAACGUUGGUGGAGAAUAAAGGAAAAGAGGGUUGCUCUGUCUCUACUUUGUCGUCGCGAUUGCCAACUCUCACGCGCCCAGAGCUUCCAGGUACGUCCGAGACUCGGAUGAAUGUUACUUCGAGGUAAACAUCAGGGUAGAAUCACGUUGAAAGCAAAGGUGUGGAAAAUCUACAUACUAGUACAGCCUGAAUGCAUGC